UAGGCUUUUUAGCUUAGACAGGGUUCCAAACCCAAGGAGCGGAUCAAAAUGCUUUCUUCGUCUCCUUCUUCUUCCACUAUUCCACUCUUUGUUUCCGUUUUUAUUAUUUUAUGCAGCACAGAAGCCCUGGUAAAGCUACCAGAUAAUGAAACAGUUCCAGCUCUGAUAGUUUUCGGAGAUUCGAUAGUGGACCCUGGCAAUAACAACGAUCUUGUUAGUGUGGCUAAGUGCAAUUUUCCACCCUAUGGGAGGGACUUCAAUGGGGGAAUUCCGACCGGAAGAUUUAGCAAUGGCAAAAUUCCUUCCGACUUCAUUGCCGAAGAGUUGGGAAUCAAAAAGCUAUUGCCGGCAUAUUUAGACCCAGCUCUUCAGCCUAGCGAUCUCCUCACUGGAGUAAGCUUCGCUUCAGGUGCUUCAGGAUAUGACCCUCUAACACCUAAGAUUUCGUCGGUUUUUUCACUGUCGGAUCAAUUAGAACAGUUCAAAGAGUAUAUAGGAAAGUUGACAGCCAUGGUUGGAGAACAAAGAACAAACACCAUUUUAAGCAAAAGCCUAUUUUUAGUGGUACAAAGCAGUAACGACAUUGCCACUACAUAUUUCGACAUACGGAAAGUGCAGUAUGAUUUUGCUUCUUAUGCAGAUCUUCUGGUAACCUGGGCUUCUUCUUUCGUUAAGGAAUUGUAUGGAUUGGGGGCACGAAGAAUAGCUGUUUUCAGUGCACCUCCGUUAGGAUGCCUGCCAUCACAGAGAAGCUUAGCAGGAGGGAUACAAAGAGAGUGUGUAGAGAAGUACAACGAAGCAUCCAAGUUAUUCAACACUAAGCUCUCAUCUGGAUUGGAUUCUCUCAACACCAACUUUCCCCUUGCAAAGUUUGUGUAUAUUGAUAUUUAUAACCCCUUGCUUGAUAUCAUCCAAAACCCUCAAAAAUCAGGUAAUACUUCUUGUUUUGUUCUGUUUGAUUUUUGGUUUUCUUUCAUGGGUGUGGGAAAAGCUUUCUUCCUCUUAAUUGUUUCAGGAUUUGAAGUAGUGAAUAAAGGAUGCUGUGGCACGGGGCUAAUAGAGGUUGCAGUGCUAUGUAACCAAUUUAAUCCGUUUACUUGUAAUGAUGUUACCAAGUAUGUAUUUUGGGACAGUUAUCAUCCAACUGAACGAGUGUACAAGAUUCUAAUUGGUGAGAUCAUCCAUGAAUACGUGGAUAGCUUCUUCUGAUCAGACUCAUUUCUCUUUCAUCAACAACCCACAUGCCAACCUCAUCCACUGCCUUAAUUAUUUGUAGUGGUGAAAUUGAAUACUAUCCUCCUGUCUUUGUGAUAAUCUUGUGUAUCAAUCUAUCCCAGUACAACAUAUUCAAUCACCCAAAGUAAUUUCAUGGGAAGAAAACCAAAUGGAAUGUGUUGUAAUGGAAAGGUUGCCUACUUUCUAUUUUGAAUCACCUGAUCAUCAGCUCUAUGCCCAGAAGAAAUUUUGAACCAGGGUAAAUAUUUGGUAAACUUGUCAAACUUGCAAGUUUGAGAUCUUAGCUUUGUAAAUUUUUUUAUGCAGAACCAAUUAAUGUUUUACAUGUGGGG